AUGGUGGCCGUAAAGGUCUUCAGUCUGCUGCUGGGGUCCCUGCUCCUGGCAGUGGUGCUCGGAGAGAAGGCGGGUGGUCACUCCAGAGUCCACGCGAAGGUCAGUGGCUCCCGACCUCGAGGCCCCAGGUAUGCCGAGGGAACUUUCAUCAGCGACUACAGUAUCGCCAUGGACAAGAUCCGCCAGCAAGACUUUGUAAACUGGCUGCUGGCGCAGAAGGGGAAGAAGAACGACUGGAAACACAACAUUACCCAGAGGGAGGCCAGGGCCCUGGAGCUGGCCCAUCAAUCUGACAGGAAGGAGGAGGAGAGGGAGCAGCAGGGCUCCCUCCCCAGGAACCCCAGUGAUGAAGACUUGCUCAGGGAUUUACUGAUGCGAGAGCUGCUGGCCUGGAUGGUGGAUCAGUUGGAAGUCUGCAGGCGCAGAUUUCAGUGA